GGCGACGCCGACGCCCUGGAGGUCGGCGACUACCCGACGCCGAGCGUCGGCGAGGGCCAGGUGCUCGUGAAGAACGAGUUCGCGGGCAUCAACUUCAUCGACACGUACCACCGCAGCGGCCUCUACGCGCGGGACCUGCCCUUCGUCGGGGGCCAGGAGGGCGGCGGCGAGGUCGCGGCGGUCGGCGCGGGCGUGGCCGACGUCGCCGUCGGCGACCGCGUCGCGUACUCCGUCUUCGGGUCCUACGCCGAGUACACGGCCGUGCCCGCGGCCAAGGUGCUGCCCGUGCCCGACGAGGUCAGCAUGGACGUCGCCGUGUCCUGCGUCGUCCAGGGCAUGACCGCGCACUACCUGACGUCCGACGCGCACGCGCACCUCAUCCAGCCGGGGGAGUGGAUGCUCGUCCACGGCGUCGGCGGCGGCACGUGCCAGUGGGCGGCCCAGAUGGCCAAGAUCCAGGGCUACAAGGUCAUCGGCACGGCCGCCAAGGGCAAGCGGGCCGUCGCCGAGGCGACGGGCUGCGACGCUUUGAUCUUCUACGACGAGGCGCCGGGCACGGCCUACGAGGACUACGAGUCCGUCGACGGGCUGGCCGAGGUCAUGAAGAUCACGGACGGCGUCGGCUGCAAGGCCGUCAUCGACGGCAUCGGCAAGGCGACCUUGGACAUGUCCAUCGGCUCGCUCGCGCAGCGCGGCAUCUUCGUGUCCUUCGGGAACGCGUCGGGCGCCGUGCCGGCCUACCCGCCCCUGCGCCACAUCGCCAAGUCGUCCUUCAUGUGCCGGCCGAAGCUCCUCGACUACACGCGGAACCGGGAGGAGCUCCUCUACCGCUCCAACGAGAUCAUGGGCUGGCUCAAGUCCGGCCAGCUCAAGGUCACGGUGGACACGGCCUUCCCCCUCGACGACGCCGCCGACGGCCACAAGUACCUCGAGUCCGGCGCGUCCACGGGCAAGGUCCUC